CUCCAUUUUAAGGAGCGUUGCGAGUGCCAGGUCAGCCAAAAUUCGAAAACCCAAAUACCCCCAACGGCUACUUCAUUCCAGAUCACAAAUUCCCCAAAAUCACCGCUCUUCUCAAACCCUCUCUCUCUCAGGCCCUCAGAUCUUUUCCUUCUCUCUCUGAAAGAAAUUUCACUCUUUUGGCCCUCUGUCUGCCUUCAGAUUCAGAACCCCUGAGAAGUUGCAUGGCUUCGACUCCAUCCAAGGCCACCGCGUGUCGAAAGGUUCGAGUCGUAGCCAAAAUCCGGGGCUUCACUGGCUCCGAAGCUGAGAUUUCAACUGACUCCCCGUGGAUCUCCGUGAACAAGCCCAGCGGAGAGGCUUCUGACAACGUUACCAUUUCCUUCCGAGACCAACCGGGAAGUCGUAAAGAGUAUUAUGACAUUGAUUACUGUUAUGAGAGAAACGAAGACAAUGAUUUGAUAUUCUCAAGAGAGAUAAAGCCUUUGAUUAUGAGGGUUUUUGAAGGAUGUAACCCCACUGUUAUUGCAUGUGGAGCAAGAGGUAGUGGAAAGACUUAUGUAAUUCGGGGAUCUGAUGAGAAACCAGGUUUGGCAACACUAGCCAUGGCUGAAAUUCUUUCUAUGGCUGAGCAAAAUGGAAAGUCGAUUGCUAUAUCUUUCUACGAGGUUUAUCAGGAGCAUGUUCAUGACCUUUUGGAUCCAAAACAGCCAGAAGUUUUGGUAUUGGAAGAUAAAGGCAAAAUCCAAUAUAAAGGACUUUCUCAGGUUCCGAUCAAAUCUAUCUCAGAAUUUCACAAACUAUAUCUCAGUUGGUGUGUUUCACAUAAAUCAGUUCAAAAGAUAGCAAAUGAACUUCCUCGCAGGAGCCACAAGGGUUUAAUAGUACAUGUAUUAUCUCCCAGUGAGAAUGGGGACACUCAUCUUGUAGGCAAGAUGAAUUUUGUCGACUUAGCAGGCUAUGAGGAUGCCAGAAGAAAUAGUGUUGAUUGCCUUAAUCUUGUUGAGAGUACCAAACUUAAUAUGUCCAUCUAUGCCGUAUAUAAUGUCGUCUAUUCAUUGAAUAUGAAUGAAAACCAUGUGCCUUAUCGGGAAAGCAAACUUACUCGCAUGUUAAAAGAUUCUUUGAGUGGGAUGAACAGAAUUUUGAUGAUCACUUGCUUGAAUCCAUUUUUUUGCCAAGAUUCUGUGUAUAUGGUAAGUUUAGCAUCUCGGUCUUGUCAAGGCAUCAAUCGAAUCACAAACUCCACAAAGAAAGCCAAGAAUUCAACAAGACCAUUACUGACUUCUUCACAAAAGGGCCGACUACCUGGAAGUGUUUCCACUACCAUGAAGAAACAUCCUGCUUUACAAUUGCAUUUUUCUGAAAAGAAAGCCAGUGGUAUGGCUUUCACAAUGAAAAGAAGGAAACUAUUUGAUGAAGCAAGUCAUCAGACCAAAUCUGAGAAGGGGAAGUCUGUUUCAAUUGAUACCAAUGUAACAGUGCUUUCAGAAGUGAAAAAUCCAUUGGCAGUUGCCCUAAAGGAUAUAAAGCCUACUUCUAUAAUGGAAAAGGAAGCUUUCUCAUUACCAACUUCCAGUGCAAUGGAAGCUACCAUUCCAAAUAAGGAUGUUCUUGGGGCUACCGAGAUUUCUCUUCAUGGUGGGGAACAUCAUGAUCAAGUUACUUUGUGUGUUAAUAGCACAAAUGCUUCAUCUUUUACUGAAGAUCAUAGCCUAAACAAGGAAAACCAAAGUAUGCUGGUCAAUCAAAGUGUUUCACCACCAAUAAGUGCAAGACUAAAAGAAUUAUCGAAAAAUCUAAAAUCACUUUUUUCUUCAACUCCAUUACAUGAAAAGUUGCCAGAAGCAAUUGAUGCUUCAUCCUAUGGUCAAGUGUCGGAACCAAAGACACCAACAACAGAACAAAGUGUGAGAGUUUAUGAUAGAUGGGAGGUUGCAAAUAUCAGCAGUCCUUGGGAAGCAUUAAGUAUGCGCAGUUCUGGAAUGAAGAACUCCUUUGUUCAAGAAUAUAUUAAGUUUCUAAAUACAGCUAACAAGGAAGAUUUGAAAAGACUAAAGGGAAUUGGAGAGAAGAGAGCUACAUAUAUUCUUCAACUUCGUGAAGAAUCACCAGAACCAUUUAAGAGUCUUGAUGAUCUGAAAGAUGUUGGACUUUCAGCAAAGCAGAUAAAGGGAAUAAUGAAAAAGGAGGCUGCUGAGCUUUUUAAUGAGCAAAUAUAUAAUAGAUGCUGAAGAUAUUCUGCAUUUUAAUUUCCGAUCUGUAAAUGUUUUGUAAUCUGGUUAGUGGCAACAUGAAGAUGCCUUUAAGCUUUACUCGAUCUUGUUAUGUGAUAUUUGAUUAUUUCCA